AUGAAGCUUCCGCGCAAUAUAUCCUUGGCUGACCCGAACUUCAAUGUCUCCUCUGAAAUUGAUAUUCUGAUAGGUGCCGAACUAUUCUGGGAAUUGCUGUGUGUCGGGCAGAUAGGCGGUUCGACCGACCAUCCAUUGCUACGAAAGACCAGAUUAGGUUGGGUUUUGGCCGGUCGCUUCGGCGCAGUGAGCUCGCCCCCAUGGGUGCAUUCCAAUCACGCGAUAGUGACUAACCGGCAAUUGCAUGACCAAGUUGACCGUCUUUGGCAACUGGAUGAAAAUUUCGCGGCCUCAAGUACUUAUUCUCCCGAAGAAAGAUUUUGCGAAAAACAUUUUGUCGAUAACGUCUCGCAGAAUUCGCAAGGCCGAUACAUAGUAAAGCUUCCCAUCAAAGAACAUCUUCUUUCCAAAUUAGGUGACUCUCAAGAAAUUGCACUCAAGAGAUUGAGAUCUUUGGAAAAACGUUUCUCGCGCAACUCAUCACUAAAGUCUCAAUACAACCGCUUCAUGGAAGAGUACUUAGCCUUAGGGCACAUGCGGAGGGUAACCAUGCCUUCUGGCAAGGGCGCGCCAACAUUCUAUCUACCUCACCAUUGUGUGGUCAAGCCCACCGGGGGCUCCUAG